CCCCUCCAGGCACGUCCACCUUUAUAAAUCGUCUCGUCAGACCAUUCCAAUCCGGCAACUCCUGCUCUGCCUGAGCCUGAGUCUGAGCGUAUCAAGAAGAGGGGAAGGCGGCUACCGGAGAAGAGGGUAGGCGGCGGCGGGAGCAAAAGAAGAGCGGCGAAUCCAAGAGAGAUCAGAGCCUCAGAGGGAGAGUCGAGAGAGGGAGAGAGAAGCGCCCAACAUGGAGAGCCCGAUCUCGAGGACUAACCUGAAUUGCAUCAGCCUGGCGGACCCGGACGUCCAGAAAUCGGUCGCGCUCCUCAAGCAGGCAUGCCUGGAUUCAGGCUUCUUCUAUGUUGUGGAUCAUGGGAUAAGCCAAGAGUUCAUGGAUGAAGUUUUUUCCCAGAGCAAGAAGUUCUUUGACCUUCCUCACAGUGAGAAAAUGAAGCUUCUCCGAGACGAGAAGAAUCGAGGGUACACACCCAUGCUAGAUGAAAUUCUUGAUCCUGAAAAUCAAGUGAAUGGUGACUACAAGGAAGGAUAUUAUAUUGGAGUUGAGGUACCAGCAGAUGAUCCAGAAGCAAACAGGCCAUUUUAUGGUCCAAAUCAGUGGCCUUCUAAAGAAGUAUUACCAAAAUGGAGGGAAGUGAUGGAGCAAUAUCACAGGGAGGCAUUGAGAGUAGCAAAAUCAGUUGCAAGGAUCAUUGCUCUUGCUCUAGAUCUAGAUGUGGACUUCUUUGAUAGACCUGAAAUGCUUGGGGAGCCUAUAGCCACUUUAAGGCUCUUACACUAUGAAGGUGGACAAAAAACAGGUAAAGUGUCAAAUCCUGCAAAGGGUGUUUAUGGAGCGGGUGCCCAUUCAGAUUAUGGCCUGAUAACUCUCCUAGCAACCGAUGAUGUAGUUGGACUCCAAAUAUGUAAGGACAAGAAUGCUCAGCCUCAAGUAUGGGAAUAUGUAGCUCCUGUGAAAGGAGGAUUUAUCGUCAAUCUUGGUGAUAUGCUUGAAAGAUGGAGUAACAGCAUUUUCAGGUCAACCUUACAUCGAGUGGUCCUAGAUGGCCGAGAACGCUACUCGAUAGCCUACUUUGUGGAACCAAGCCAUGACUGUGUAGUUGAGUGCCUGCCGACCUGCAAAUCCGAAUCAAAUCCUCCAAAGUUCCCUCCGAUCACCUGUUCUGCAUACCUGUCCCAGCGUUACAAGGACACUCAUACAGAUCUGAACUCCUACAACAACAGCAAGGCCUAAAGGAUGGCCUACUAAAUCUUUUUUUCACUACUUUUGUCAGCCAUCUGUACGGCAGACAUGUAACCUGCAAUAACACUAGGUGGAGGACGGCACUGUGUGUGUAGUGUGUACUAAUACGGUAAUACCAAUACCAGAUUACCAGUGUAUCACAGUAUCAAUAUAGGUAUAGCAGUUUUGUAGACGCCAUUCUCCAUGUAAGAUGAAGAGAAGAAUUGAAGAUCAAGAAUGGCCUUCCUGUCGUGUUGUGAAGUUCCUUUUUUUUUCUUUUGAAACUGAAUUAGUUCCCGAGCU